AAUAAUAUUCUAAAUUGCAGGUAUCCAGUGACUCUCUCACCAUCAAAAAUGUAAAACAUUAGAAGUAAGAGGCAGACAUACAGAAAGAAACAGCCAGUGAGCCUAGAAUUCCAAGACUAGGAAAUAGAACCAGUCAAUCAUGACGCAGGCGCCGACGUCUAACGACGCGUGUCUGAGUAUCGUGCACAGUCUUAUGUGUCAUCGCCAGGGUGGGGAGAGUGAGAGCUUCGCCAAGCGUGCCAUCGAAAGUCUGGUAAAAAAAUUAAAGGAGAAGAGGGACGAAUUGGACAGCCUCAUUACAGCCAUAACCACCAGUGGGGCCCACUCCACCAAGUGUGUGACCAUACAGCGUACACUGGAUGGGAGGCUACAGGUCGCAGGACGUAAGGGUUUCCCUCACGUGAUUUACGCGCGGAUCUGGAGAUGGCCAGACCUCCACAAGAAUGAACUGAAGCACUGCAAGUUCUGUCACUACGCCUUCGACCUCAAACAGGACAGCGUGUGUGUCAAUCCUUACCACUACGAGAGGGUGGUGUCCCCGGGGAUAGGGUUAUAUUGCGGAAUCAGGACAACUCGCCCCCAAGACAACUCGCCCCCAACACCUGUUAAGACAACUCGUCCCCAAUUUAGGACAACUCGCCCCCGCUCAGGACAGCUCGCCCCCACUGUAGAGACAACUCGCCCCAUUAUAUUUUAUUGU